AUGAAAAAAAAGGUACUCAAAAAUAGAGAGUCAAAAUCAGCUACUCCUCAAGAACCAUCGACAUUCAGUGACUUCUUGGAAGAAGGGUCUAUAGCCGAGGAAAGUGGAGACAGAUGGCUUGGCUCGGAUAUUGCAAAAGCAUUGAGAUUCUACCAAAAAGCAUAUGAUGCUUAUACAAAGUCGAUCGAAUUGAAUUGGAGUGCCGAGAAUGCGGAUGCAUAUUACAAUGCUUCACGAAUGCUUUUACAAGUUUACCUUUUGCACAAAUCUUCAGACGGAUUGGCAUUGGAGGAUUUGACCAACAUUGAUGAGAUCUAUGGCCCCAAUUCAAUUUUACAGACCUUGAAUCAGAUUUUGGACAAGCACUUGAAGGCAUUGGAAAUUUGUGGCAGACAUCUAGAUUUGCUUUACAACACAGCUACUGUUUAUGUUGAGAUUUUGGAAUCCGAUGUCACUAAAGAAGAUAAUGUGCCUAUCGAUCAAUUGAUGUUGAUUUAUAAGUCAGGAGAGCAAAUAUUGUCCGAACUAUUACCACAACAGGUCAAUGCUUUAGAAACGUUUGUGCGUGAUUUAGCCAAUUCGACCACUGAGACAAAUGCAGUAUCAUCAAGUGCAAGAUCACCCAACAUGGAACAUCAGCAUGAGUCUGAGCACGAGCACGAGCAAGAAGAAUUUGAAUCUGAUGAAGUCACCCAACCAGUUGACGUUUUUGAAACUGUAUUAUUAUCAUACAGAUUGAUACAAGCAACAUACGAAAACCUUUCUGAAAGUGGCAGGGAAGUAGCCAUUACUAAUACGACUGUUGAACCCUUUGUUGUUUCAUUGGAUAAGAUUGUUAAUGAAUUGCUUUUAAAGUAUUCUGAGAACUCUAUAUCCAAGAAUGAAAUGUUGCAAAAUAUUACCCCUGCACAAGUCAAUGAACUAAAGAUUGCCAAAAAUAGUAUCAUCAGCUUGCAAAUUUCUGACGCCUUUGAGGUAAUCAACAUAUGGGAAAAAUUUUUCAACAACGAAGUGCUAGACGAAAUCCCUGAAAAGUAUUUAAGCUGUGUUGAUACUGUUCAAACAGUAUUAGAAAGAAAUGAUAUAACUCUAAACACAGUUAAUAGCUCCACAUCCGAUUGGGAUAAAGAAGGAUUUUGGAAAUUAAUAUCGCAACAGAAUAGUUUAUUAAAGAAGGCACAAGGACUAACACAAGAUGACUUGAAUGCAAAGAAAAAAUUACCCCUGGGGGUUGAACAAGGCAUAGGCUCAACCAUCAUCCAACUAUGUGAUAUAAUGAUUGCACGAGCAGACUUAAACUUACAAAUGUCGAUGAUGAAAGACUACGAACUUAGCAUGAAGAAUCAAGCUGCUUUACUUCAGAACAGUCGAAUUCUACUUAAAUCAAGUAUGAAUAUUGCCAAUACUUCAGGAGGAUUACGGGAACGUGCAAUUGAAAAACUAGAUCGAGAAAAGAAAUUGAGUGAAGCUGUUUUCCGUUUGUGUUUGCUAGAGGGAAAGACUUCGUUAGAGGAGCUUGAUCAAAUCAUGACUCGUCCUAGAUGGUUGCGAGAGUAUAAAGAGACCAAGAGGAUAGAUAUAUACAAUGAGUAUUUGAAGCGAAUUCCCAUUUGA